UUCAAAUUUGUCAAAAAAAUGGAAGAAUAUUCUCCCAUAGAAUCAGAUUUAGACGUGCCGACGUCUCCCCGCCAGCACUUCUUGUCGCUGGACUCCGGCAAAGACGUGGAUUUGAUCAAAACAGCCGACGAAAAUGCAAUUGAAAAAUUGCUGCAAGCGCUCCACGACGUUGACUACACCAUCAAGCAGAAGCUGGAGGUGGUGGAAAACCUGGACAUCACAGUGCAAAUCGUCAGUUUUAAAAUCUUCGAAGCCACGCAUGAAUUUAAGAAGAAAAUCGGUCUCGUGAAGGAUGAGAGAAACCGGCUGUUAUCAUCGAUUGAAAAUCGGUCCGAGUUGAGCUUGAUUUUGAACGACUUGGACCGGAAAAUCACCGAACUGGAGAAGCAACUCGACGAGAAAAUCCGCACUUUUAACACGGAGAAAAUUGGGUUGCAGGAACAAGCCGAAGCCAUUAUUUUCCAACUCGACGAAGACAUUUCUUUAAUGCAGCAAAAAUUCGAAGAGCUUAAAAGCGAGCUUAGUUUUGGUAAAUCCAACCUUUAUCGUGUGCAAAUCGAAGCAAUGAACCAAAAAUACACACCGUCUGUCGAAAAGUACGAGGAAAAUUUGCACUAUUACGAGAGAUUGCAACUAACAGGGUGGCGGGUCGAGCAAUCAGAAGUGAAACUCUCAGAACUUCUGGAAGAGCAAGGCUUGAAGUUCACUCCCUCUGGACGGCUUCUGACCCGGACCGGCAGUCUCCUCACGUUUCAGGAAGCCCAAGACAAGGGUUACUUCAAGGAAGUGAAGGUCUCCUUGGACAAAGUUUUCCAAUUCUUCAAAGAUCGCGACAAGUUGCGACUCCCCGACCGGUUACCUACACCAGACGCAGAUUUCAGCGAAAUUUGUAGCACUGUUGAGAGCAAAAUGUCGUCACAAGACGUCAAAUACUUGAAACAGUACGUGGGGAAGCCCCUAACCCUGGCCUUGGCCGAAAUAACCGCCAAAAUGCCAAGGGACCCUAUUCACUACUUGGGCCAUUACUUGUUCAAGUAUCGGUACAACCAGGAGCUGGAGGAGGUGCAAAAGAGGGAAAUUGAGGAACUGACCCAGGAACGGAAGCGACUGGCACAGGAAAAAUGGAAAAAAUUCGUCGAAGAAGAGGCGAGAAACGCCGUCAUCGAAAUGAUCCUUCGCGCGGAACAACUAGCGUACGAAAACGAGUUAAAACGAAUCGAGGAGGAACAAAUGUUAGCUCAGGAGGAGGAAGAGGGUGGUGAAGAGGAAAACGCGCAAAUGGCCGAGCUUUUGGAAGAAGCGCGCGACAAAUUCGAGUGAAACUUACCAACACUAGUCACGGCCCAUCCUUUGGAUCACCUGCGAAACAAAAUAAUAAAUUCAGUGUCGGCAAUGUUGUUUGUUCCUAUUUAAGCGGAGAGUUUGUAAUUUUGCAUCCGUUUUUGUACGCAAAAAUCCGUGCCUCAAAACAAUACAAGUACCUCACCUGUUAAAACGCAAUUCUUGACGAAUGCGGCGAGUUUAGUUUUCGAAAUGGACCUUGGAUGGGGACGCACACGUGGGUCUUCGAGGGGGCGUCCACGUCGCAUUUUACAAAACGAGUUUUGUGCGAAUUUUCCUCAGGCGUUGGGUUUAGUAAAACUCGAUUUUCUACAAAAGUCGCUCAAUGUUUGGGCUAAGACGUGAUUUAAACAAUGCCAAGCUGUGCCUGUUACUGAACUUUGAAAUUUAAUUAUACGAAAAGAAUCCAUUCAGGAUGUUUUUGAAUAAGGGUUGCUGAGUCUUGUUUUAGGGCAAACUGUUUUAACGAAACUUCAUAAAAUUAAGACCAUUUCCGUUUUCAAAGUCAAAUUGACGAAACUAGAGAUUCCGCAAAAACCGGUCCGAAAUUUCACUAAGUAUGACGUUAUUUUUGCCAUUUUUCGUGUUAACAGCUAGAAACGCAAUAAUUUUUUGUUAAAUUGUGAAUUUUUCUAUUGCGACCGCUGAAGCACGUUUGAAGAUAAAUAUUCGCUAAAUCGAUUGGAAAAAUUAUUAUUUUGGGGCGAAAAUGAAUCCUUUGCCGUUGCAUGUUGUGCGAAA